CAGACCUCCCAAAACACAGAGCCACCCAACCAAAUCACCAUAUACAAACCUUAGCUAAGCAAGCUACAACCUUUCUCUGGGGACAUGAAAGUAAUCAACCACUCCAGACACUAGUUCACUCCAUAGAACAUGCAUGGGUUUCUGGCUUUACUCCCUCUAACACCACCACCACACACCUUGUGUUUCUUCAACCUCUCUUCUUCUUCUUCUUCUUCUUCUUCUUCUUCUUCUUGUUCAAGAUCUCUUCUUUACUUCCAAAUCAGACCCAAUUCUUCGAAACCCGUUUUGGGUUGUCCUUCAAAGACCGACUUGAAUCUCCUUGUCUUGUCCUCCCACUCUUCGAGUUUUUAUAGUAAAAGACGACGCUUUGUAACGAGAGCGAGUCGCGGGGAGUCACCUUACCAAGUUCUGGGGGUGUCUCCUUCUGCUUCUGAUGUGGAGAUCAAGAAGGCCUAUCGAAAACUCGCCCUUAAGUAUCACCCAGAUGUUAAUAAAGAGGCAAAUGCACAGGAGAAAUUUAUGAGGAUUAAACAUGCGUAUAGUACAUUGCUGAGUUCAAAAUCUCGGGGGAAAUAUGGCUCUAUUUACGGAUCUGACAAAUCCUAUUCUGGCUCUCAAAGAAGCCAAAGUAAGAAGGCUCCAGAUGAAGAAGAGUUUUAUGGAUUUGGUAAUUUUUUGAGGGAUGUUCAAAUAACAAUAGAGGACCUCUUUAAAGAUAUUCAAUCAGAGUUCCAGAACUGGGAAGAAAGUGCUUCUAAAGAAGGAAAACCAAGGAGUCUGUGGGAGGAAUUGUCGGAAAUUGGAGAAGAAUUUGUGGAAUUUCUUGAGAAAGAACUCAACAUAACGGAUCAAGAGGUUGAAUCAAAUAACAUCAAUGAAGGGCCUGAGAAGGGCAAUCCAUCUGGAAAUUCUGGGGCAGAGAGAACGAAAAGUGCAAGUAAAAAGGAGUCCACCAUGGGCGCUAGUAUAGAAGACAAUAUUGAUGAGAUAGAAGCUACUCUUGCUCAGUUGAAAAAAGAAUUGGGGUUGUAGCACAGAAAUGCAGCUUUUUCAAUUCGUGAAGGAAACAUAUUGAUAAGGUGGAGGGGAAGAAAAUAGAAUAAGAAAAAGUAGAGAUGGAGGAUUCAGCUAAUCCUUUCAAUUCUUGGACAGAUGAUAGAAGGUUCUCAAGUCAAAAUAUAAAAUGACUUCAGUAUUCUUCAAUUUCAUAUCAAAGGCAAUAUGUAGAGUAAAAUUACGAGUGUUUUGCUUCCAAUAGUGUGAUUACAUUUUCUCUUGUAUUCAGAUGUGGAUAUAUGAAAAUCAAGUGCUGUUCUAAGGAUUCUUGUGCUGAAGGGCGGUCCUUGAUAUACUUUAUUCAGUUCUGUAAUUGGCCCUGGA